AUGAGCACCAACAUGGACCUUCUCGGUCUCGACGGUCUCGAAGGGUUUGACGAUGAAGACACGCUGCCCGUGAUCUCGAUCUCAGCAUCGCAGUCCCUCAACGCGUCGGCCGCUACCCGCGACCCGAUCGCGACGGGUCUGGCGCGUCUAGACGAAGUUCUAAAUGACCUCCCAGACCAGCCCAAUCAAGGCGGAAUCCUGCGUGGACAUGUUACAGAAAUAUUCGGACCCCCAGGAGCCGGGAAGACCUCGCUGGCAUUGAAUAUUGCAUGUAAUGCAUUACGCGACGGCAAAGUAGUCUGGAUUGGUAUGUUCCUGCCAGUUCCCCGAGUCAGCUGCGCUGUCCUACUCACACCGUUAGAUACGGGAUGUCCCUUGCCCAGUCCCCGACUCGAGGAAAUGUCCGUCAACCUCGAUGACUUUAUCUAUUUCCGGGCGCAUACGCUGCCCCAUCUUAUAGCCCUGCUUGCACGUCCACCCAAAGGGUUUCCACCGUCGGAAACAAACCUUAUUGUUGUUGACUCUGUGUCGAAUUUAUUCCCAGCUUACUUCCCCAGCGCCCAAGAGCUCAAGGACCAGCUCGCUGAGGGCAAGAUCACCGAUAAAGCACACCUGCAAUGGUUGCUGAAUCGCAAAUGGAACGUUGCUAGCGAGCUAGCUACGCAUCUGGCCAAACUCGCCGCGAGAAAUAUCGCCGUGUUGGCAAUUAACCAAUCCCAUACAAAGAUCAAGGGUCAGUCUCAUGCGGGUUUGCAGCCGCUCUUGUCGGGCAGCGCGUGGGAAGCCAGCGUACAGACUCGCAUUGCGGUCUAUCGUGACCUGCCAGAUGAGCGAGUCGCGGAGGUUGAGAAGCGCGCGGGUAAGCCAUUGCCCGAGCAAGCCGAGGGACUGCUCGUUGCGUUUCGCAUUGAACCGGAUGGUCUUUCCGAAAUAGAGAGAAAGGAGUCUCUUCCCUCCGAGCCUUUGACCCCCUUGCUGAAGUCUCCCGACUUUGAGUACUAUGAUCCUCCUACUCCGACCCCUUCGCCUAUAUCCUCUGUGCUAUCUUCUGCGCCACCAUCUCCGGAAAUGGAGUCUCCAAAACUGCCACCGUCUAAGCCAGCGUCACCAGAACGGCCUGUGCAGACAUUAAACAAGAAACGGAAAGUGGAGGAGGUAGCUGACAGCCAGGAUGAAGACUCCGAGGAAGAUGUCCCCUGGACAGGCGAGACAACCCUGAACAUCUGA